AUGGUCAGGGACUACUGCCCCGAGGAUCAGUCUGUCGACGUCUUCGACUUUCCACAGCCUCCUUGCAAAUCCAAGCUCUCGUCUAUCUUAUCCGCUUUCUCACUACGGAAGCGGCAGGAAAAAGAGGAGAUGCGCUGUGUCCACAUCUCAGCGCCAAUCAUGGCUGCAGCGUCGACGCCGACACCGACACCGACACAGUCUGGGCCGGCGAAUCCGAAGCUGCGCUACAACACCCUCCAAAAGAGGCAGCGGCCUAAAGCUAGGAAGGAUGCAGAGUGUUCCGAGUGCGAUUUCGAAUCAGAUACCGACGACGACCACUGGGGCUGA